UUAUCUUAAAAUCAAAUGAAGUUUACUGCUCGAAAAAAUCUGUAAAUGUAAAACGUGCUAUUAAAGAACAUUAUGAUAAUAAACAUUCGAUGUCACUUGUUUCAAAAAGACAUACUCCGUAUUCAAAAGAGAAAAGUAUUGAUUAUGAUAAACCAAUAAUAUCUGACAUCAUUGAAGUAAAAGAUUCUUGUGUUGAAGUAAAUGUAAAUGUUGAUAUAAAAAAUGAAUUAGAGGAAUUGAAAAAGAAGUAUAAAUGGUGUUUUCUUCAAUAUGAAGAUAUAUCUAAACUUUCUAUUAUACACUUGGACGAAAGUAUAAGGUUAUUGUUUGUACGAGCGGCUGUUGAAAAUAAUUUUGAUGCUGUCAAACACAUUUAUGAUGAAAAUGUAUUAAAGUUAGCUAAAAUGAAAGAAAACGCGAUAAAAUCUUAA